UGAGGAAACAGUUUUGGAUCAUGUCUUCAUUUCGAAUUUCAAAUGACCUUGGGCUUUGGUAUUAUUUGUGAGUAGUUCUCCUGCUGGUGUUUCUGUGUGCGGAUAAAUUUUUAUAUUUGAACCAUAAAUGUUUAUGUACUAUAGUGAUUCGGAACAAGAAAAUGAGGAAUGGUUUUAACAUCUGAUUAAAAUUAAUUAAAUAUCACCCGAGCAUUUCCACAUAUAUUCGUAGUUUUCUAGUGUUGUAGCGUAUAGAGUAACUCGCAAUUCGGUGAAUGUGUUUUGGUUGAAAUAUUGCAUUAUUUAGAUGGCAAGCUGAACAUACUAUUCACUAUGUAUACUUCAGUAUUGCUUGCUAUCAGUAUGUGUGAAACUUAGGCACUGUUAAUAUGUAAUUCCAUGUUAAUUUGUUUGACUGUGAUUUAUCUAACCAGCUAAUUCAUAUAGAAGUGCCUGCCACCGAUAUUUGAACGGUAAAAGAUAUGAACUCUUUCUCCCAAUUCAUGUCUUCCAUGUUGUUACGGGUCAAUUGUCCUUCCAGAUCUGACAAUAGAUCUACGUGUAACUUAAUGUCAUUUCAACAUGCAAGAGAUUUCACAUUUUUGGGUGAAUUUGUAUUCGUGUAUCUACUGAGCUAUAUAUAACUCACUGUUUUGUUUAUUGGACUGAAGUCAAAGGGAAGAUGUAUGUGUGAACGCACUGCAGUGGGGUCCAACCAUGUUUGGAGACGAAGGGCUAACGUUAAUGGACAAUACAUCCCCUAAUAUUUCAACAAUGAAGAAAUAAAUGGAGAAUAUGAGUCCAUUAAUAGGAUUAUGGGAAAAGCUACGAAUGAAAUUAGAUCGUGUUACAUCGAGUCAAGCAUCAACAUCAGAAAAUCAUGAAACACAAUACAAUACAAAUGUGGGUAGUGGAACAACAAUACCUAGUGCUAAUAGUACCGGUUCAAGUCCAGUAACUGUGAAUGUCUAUGAUAUGCUUUGGAUAAAUUAUUAUGUUAGUUCCCUUGGUAUAGGGGUUUAUCAUACAGGAGUCGUAGUACACGGAACUGAGUAUUCAUAUGGGGGACAUCCAUUAACCAACUCUGGGAUAUUUGCUAUGUUACCUAAAGAUAGUGCUUAUUUAGGUGAAAAUUAUUCCUAUAAGUUAACACUAACCAUUGGAUAUACUGACUUUACAGCUUCAGAUGUGAAUCUUUUAUUGGAGAGUAUGACACCAGAUUUCAGUGGUGACCAGUAUCAUUUAUUGCAUAAAAAUUGUAAUCAUUUUGCAGAUACAUUUGUUCAGAUACUUUGUGGUCGUUCAUUACCAAAAUGGAUAAAUCGGUUAGCUACAAUUGCAGCCAAACUACCUUUUAUUGAACGAUCAUUACCAGUCGAAUGGUUAACACCUCAUCAACAGUUUGCAGAUCAAAUGAAUGAUCAACUUGACAAUGAAUCACAACUAUCACAUGAUGAAGAGCAUUCAGUCAAUUCGAAUACAACAGCAGCAGCACGUAAUUCACAUUCACCAUUCCGCCGUUGGAGUGCUAUUGAUCGUCUACAGAAUUCUCUACUGCAUCGUUUUCAUCAUAAUACAAAAUUUGCUAAACGUCCUACCACACAAAAUCGUCAUCGUAGAUCAUUGACUAAUUCUAGAUAUGAUACCUGUUCAUUAUUCGAUAUACCAUCCGAUGAGAAUACAGUUGAAAAUGAUACCGAUUGGUAUGCAUUUAUUACAGCUCAAUCGACGACCGCCUUAUCUGAGCCUAAUAUUAGUAUAUAUAGUCGACAACAGGGGAUAAAGAAUUGUUCCAGUGAUUCGUCAACAAGUAAUCCUGUUGUUGUUGUAUGUCAAUCACCUAUAAGUUGCAUAAAUGACAGUACUAUAUUCAGUUUAGGCCAACCGACAUCAAAUAUUGAUUCACGUCAAUGUGUUGUACUUCAACCAACCAAUCAAAAUGCAUCGAUUGAAGAGUAUUAUUUGUCGAAGAAUACUACUAGGCAUAAAUCCUUGAAUUCAUCGCAUUUUGAUGAAACGAUAUCUUGUAAAGAUUCGCCACCUUCAACAACGACAUCAUCAUCAUCAUCAAAUCAAUCUGAAUAUUCUUGUAAAUCAUGUGAUCAUGCAGUGACAUCUCUUUCAUCAACUGCUUUUACUAAUCUUGUACAGUUAGAUAACAACAAUACUCAUGACAAUGGCAGUGAAAUAAACAAUUAUCCCUACGAUAAGUAUUUAAGUAAAUCUGCAAGUUCUCCAUGUUAUUCUUAAAGAUACAUUCCUCUUCUCUCCCCCCUGCGCUUUCCUAUUCCCCAUCCUUUUUUAUCAAUUAAUUUUAGCAGCAUAGCCAAGCAAGCCAUCGUCGUCAUCGUUCCAAAUUGAAACUAUGACUAUAAAUGUGUUGUCUUCUUCUGCUUGAGUGAGUGCUAACAUCAUCUGCGUUGUUUUUUGUCUGUUUUUUUUUAAAAAAAAGAAAAGAAAGAAAAAAUUACUCUACACCCCGGUAGGCUAUUUCACGUAUUCGUCUUCUUUUGUCGCCUUGGCAGCUAGUUUAUAGCUAGUCUUACUAUUGCCUCACGUAUAUUGCAUAUAGAAUUUCCUCUUCUUAAUUUUUUUUGUGUAUUUCACUCGAAAAUGGAUUACGUAACUUGUAAAUUUUGUGAAGCUGCUAUCUGUGUGUGUCCGGUUGGGGGGGGAGGCUGUGAUUCGGCUUGGAAAGGCGAGGCAUGUUUGUAUUCUCAUUUGUGGAAUCUUUCUAUUGACAUAGUAUAGUUUAUCCUUGCUGUAGGGAUCCUUUUUGUGUUUUUUUUUAUAGAAUUUAAUCUUUUUUCCGACUUUUUGUAUUGUUUGUGUAGAAAACCUUUUUAUUUUACCCUUACCAUUAAUUAAGUGGCAUACUUUUCUCCUGUCUGCUUCUACUUCUGAGUGUGAGACAGCACACUUGAGGCUGGGUGAGUCAACUACCUACCUUAUUGCAUUUAUUCAUCUUUCUUUUGUUGUUGUAGUGUGCGUGCGUGCGUGCUUCUGAGCCUGUGUGUGUGUGUGUGCGAAGCAACUUUAAACAAGGCAGUGGCUAAUCUCACUCUUACGCUUAUUUUCAUUUUAGUUUAGUUUCUUUUCUUCGUUUGUCCAAUGUGUCCAAUAUGCUCAGGUUAUUUUUUGACCUAACAUUUCCUUCCAUUGACACAUACCUAUUAGGUUUGUUCUGUCUAAGAGAACACACUAUGGCCUCACUUUUUUGUUUCUUGUCUAUUCAAACUGUGCGUGUGUAUUUAGUUGAUAUGAGAUAAGUGUAUAUUUUUAAUUAGUGUGUGUGUGUGUACUUUUCAACAAAAUGAAAAAUAAUAUACAUAUUUUAGUGGUCAAGUUGUAAUUGUUAUUCUCUUGGCCUCUGAGUCGAGCAUAGAGCUUCAGCAAUACAUCUUCGUUUCAUUCUGU